AUUUCAGUUAAAUAUUUUGGGCCUAAACCAUGUAGGGAUUUAUAGAAUUGGCACCUCCUCCUACCUCCAUCACGAUUCAGGCGAUGGGGAGGAACCUCACACUAGUGGGGAAGCGGCUGUGCUGGUCAGACGCCCUGUUCUACUGCAGGGACUAUCACUGGGACCUGCUGAGCAUCAGGGGCCCAGAGGACCAGGAGAUGGUUGAUGAGCUGGUGGCUAGCGCCCCCUUCCCGCUAACUAGACCCCUCUGGGUGGGCCUUCGCAGGUCGAUUCGAGGAAGCUCCUGGUUUUGGAUGUCCGGUGACCCAAUGGACUUCUCCCAGUGGGACUCAGCCUCACAGCAUUCCAGCCCCUGUGCUGGCGUGUCCAGUGGGGACAAUCCACAUGGAGGCAACGCUCUUGCGAAGAACAUCUUAACUUCAUCUGUUUUACAGGUCCCACAGAAGUAGUGAAAAGGUACUUCUAUAGUUCCACAAGAGAGAAACCAACUUGUCAAAACUAGGCUGGUGUCACUGGGAAUGCAUCUAAUGAUUCACAAGUCCUAAAUCGUGAAGUUUCUGAAUGCAAUGGCUCAGAGCUUGUCUCUGGUUGCUAGCUAGUUCUGCAUUUUGUCCUUAUGGGCAUAGUUCUCAAACUCACGAAAGAUGUCUAUCCUUGGUAUUAGUGCUGUAAUAGCUUGAACAUGUAAAAAAGUUAGGUAAAUAAUCCAUGAACAUCAUUAUAAGCAGGGUUAGUUGUGACAUUGCAUUAGUCUUUUGAUUCAAAUUGUGGAGAUUGUGAGUUCAAGAUGGUCAAAAGACUAAAUAAAAUACCAGUCGGCUUUUUUCUC